AGUAAACUCAUUUUUACAUGGGAGCAAGGUCAUGGGAAUUUGGAAGUAAAAGCACCAUGGACACAAACCAGGUUCAAGAAAGGAUAACCAUGGCUUCUAUGGAUGAUGUAGAGCAGUGUUGUCUCAUUCCAGCAAUUGAGGAGGAGGCUGAAUGGUUAGUUUUUGGUGGAUCGAAAAGGGUGGAGGGCGGUGGCGGUAGUGGAGACGGCACAAGCGACAAGCAGAAAGGAAGAGGUGAAGAGUUGAGUAAGGGAAAAGACAAAUCGGCAGUCCCCCCCCCCCCUCUUGAACUGCGCGCCGCCUUGGAGCGAUCAAUGUGCUGGGGUUUGGGAGAUUUAUCAGUUAUUUUAUUUUUAAGGUCUUAUUUUCGUGUUGUGUUUUACAUUGUUG